AUGUCCUCUUCACCAACCCGGUCAGACUCAAUCGACUCUGUCCCCGCAGAGCUCGCCGAGACCAGCACCUCACGCACAUUCCAAGUCUACAAGCCCGCCUUCCGGCGACACUAUGAAAUCAAAUCCGCCAAUGACAAUCCACUCUACCACGUCGACAUCUCAGCCUUCACCCCCAACAAGCCCGACCUCACCCUCCACGCGGGCACCAGCACCUCAGCCCCCAAAAUAGCAGCCUCCAAAUUCCUCAAACUCUCCGGCGACUGUAAACUAGCCCUCGGUGACCCGGACGACAUCACAAACACCCAGUGGGAAGACAUGACCAAAGAGUCAGCCAUUCACUCGAAAUACCGUUUUGAAAUGACAAUCCCCACUGCGAGUGGACACGGAGAGCGAAGAGUGUUUUUCUGGAAGCGGACGCAUAAGGUUAUGGUGGAUGAUGCGAAGGCUUUCCCGUUGAGUAUGCGGUCGUUUAAGUUGAUUGAUGAGCCGAGCGAGCAGGUUGUGGCUGUCUUUUCGAGGGAGAGGUCAUUUACCAAGUGUGGGACUAUGCAGAUUCGGGUGGAUCAUGGAGAGGAUUUUGAUAGGAUGGUGUUGAUUUCGGGGUUGAGCUUGUAUGAGAGGUCGAGACGGCGGAAUCAUUCUACUGCUGGGGGCGGAGGUGGAGGCGGGGGAGGUUAA